UAUUUGAAUUUUGCGCGAUCGUUCUUUUCGAAUGCGCGCUCGUCAUGUAUGGACGUGUUCUCGCGCUCUUUCUUCGCAGUCGAAUUUCUCAACGAGAACGUAGAUACCUCGUCUCCUUGUACAAGGUAGAUCGUGAGCGCUGACUAACAGACGAUCUGGAGUUUGAACUUGAAAGAUCUGACAGCAGAAUGACGUUUGGAGAAGCGCUGCUUUCGAAUUAUUGUCCGUCCGUUGUAUGAAAGAAUCGACGAUCAAUCGGGAACACCGUCAAUUGGAUGGGCAAUUCCAACACCAAAAGGAACUACCACAGUCAUCAGAAAUAUGCUAGUCAGUACAGUCUUAGCGAUUUACUUGGUGGAAGCUGCGUUGCAACAACACAUACCUCAAAUGAAGGAGGAAGAUCAUGGUCCCGUGCCUCUCAUAGAAGUUGGACCGAAGGCACUAUACAGGAUACUCAUGGUUUUUCCAAAACAGUAUGGCCAGUAUCACGAUUACAGUCAAUGUUUCUACCAGAGUUCCCAAUCAAGGAGAUGUCCUUGAAGACAGGAUAUAAUUUCUUAGAUGUAAUAGCCAGAGGUGCCUAUGGCAAAGUCUAUAAAAUACAGAAACAGGACAGCAAUCAAGCCUUCGCCUUGAAAGUUAUCAGCAAAGCUACGAUUGUAGCUGAAAAUGCUGUUGUACAAGCAAAACAGGAGGUUGCGAUCCAGGGAAUGGUUGGGCAUCAUCCUUUUAUAGUAAAUUCAACCCACAGAUGGCAAGGCAGAAAGACACUGUACAUAUUGACCGAAUACAUUCCUGGUGGAGAAUUAUUUUCAUUAAUUGAAGAGUAUGGAUGUUUGCCUGAAGACGUAGUUAGGAUAUAUGUAGCUGAGAUUGCCUUAGCUCUAGAUUUUCUGCACAAUGCUGGAGUAGUGCAUAGAGAUAUAAAACCGACAAACAUUCUACUCGACGGAGAAGGUCAUGCUGUAAUUAUUGAUUUUGGCUUUGCCAAAUGGUUGCAACGUACAGAGAGGACUAAUACAUUUUGUGGAACACCUGAAUAUAUGGCACCAGAGAUAUUAAGAAAAGAAUACUACGGACAGGAGGUCGACUGGUGGUCACUCGGUGUUUUAGCCUGCUUCUUACUCACAAAUCAGGUGUGUGGCAGAUUGAGUCUUAACGGAGGAUUUCAACGGAGUUCUGUACCGCUACAUCGGGUAGACACUGAGACGCGCAAUCUUUCAGUUAGAAGAACGGAGGUCUUGAGUGGUCGAGAACACACGCAUGAAUGGACUCGAUCGCGGAUAGGUGUUGCGAGACAAAAGGACGACGGCUAUGAUCGUUAAUGGGCAGCGAAGUGCGUGGAAUCGGAGCGAGCGGUCGCGCUGGGUGGCGAUGGACGUUACAUCGGGGCUGCUGCGGGAGAAUCGGCAGGAAGGAGAGGGACGGAUGACAUUGAACCGAAUGCACCGAAUAAGGCAAACGUUAUGGAACUAAUGACAGGAUGCGUGCCCCUCGCGCUUGUUAUGCGUGUGUGUCGGUUUCUCCGCGCACGUUUUAUUCCUCCAUGCGCGACACGUUGAAGAAAUACACUGUGACGUUCGUCUUGCGCGGGUACCGUCAUGUAGGGGACGAUUCUCCUGGAGAAUGUUGAGGGUACAUUGGGAGGAUAAUAUCGAAAAGAAAGCUGGAUGUCCAGAAAAUAAAUAAUCUGAAGAAAAGUAAAAAAUUGAAAAUAAGAAAUAAAAAAUAUGUAAAGAGUAAAAUAUAUUUAUUCGUAGGUACUAAUAACACGUCCAGAACAAUAUAAUCUCAUCCUUAGCGAGGCCCUUUAUGUGGUCUCAAAAGAAUUCUUCUAAAAUCAAAAGGAAAAUAUUCCACACAAAAAAGAAUUCUAGUUGCAAGGUGCUGUUUCCUGCAAUCCUAUAUUACCAGUGAAAACUAUCGCCAAAAGAUCAUCUGUCUUUUGAUGAAGUGGAUUAAUCGGAGAUCUACUAGAUAUUUUUCUAUAUUUUCUUCUUUUGGAUCAAGUAGAAUAUGUUUGAAGCAGAGUGCUCUUUUACAUGCGAUAAAAAAGAUGCGACAAGUAAAACUCUGAGAGAAAAAAUACUUGAAAUAUAAUAGAUAUUUAUUAAUAGUAUAUUUACUUAUGCUAAUAUAAAAUAUUUUUCAAAAUGGAAUAUAUACACAUUUACAAUAGAAUAUAUACAUUAAAAGUUUCUUAAAAUCUCAUGCUCAUAAGAAAAUCUUAGUUUAUUAUGAGAACACUGCUUAUUCUAUUCAAAUAAAAAAAUGUAGAGAUUUAAAUAAAUAUGUUAGUAUACCCACACACCAAAUAAAUAUUUAUUACCUUUUUAUGUAUUUUUUCUCUUAGUAUAUUG